CAGAAAGUGAGCGCGAUAGUUCAUUAUCGGCGUUAUGGAUCUGCAAAGCGAGCUGCUGAAGUCCAUCUGGUACGCGUUCACAUCUCUGGAUGUAGAGCAGAGCGGGAAAGUGUCCAAGUCGCAACUAAAGGUUCUGUCACACAAUCUCUACACAGCGCUCAAUAUUCCUCAUGAUCCUGUGGCAUUAGAGGAGCACUUUAAGGACAAUGAUAACGGACCAGUGUCCAACCAGGGCUACAUGCCAUAUCUCAACAAAUAUAUCCUGGCAAAGGCCACUGAGGGCACUUUCAAUAAAGAAACCUUUGAUGAGCUGUGCUGGACAAUGACAUCAAAGAAGAACUGCAAGCCCAGCAUUUACCAGGGCCUGUGUUCACAGAGAGACUGUUUCAAACUCUUCUGCCUCUUCAACCUGCUCUCAGAGGACUGUUACCCAUUAGUCAUCAUUCAACCGGAGUUGGAGUACCUGUUGAAGAAAAUCUCCAGUGCAAUGAGCCAGGAGUGGGACGGGACAUUACUGGAGGAGCUUCUGUCCCAGCAUGCUGCUCUUCAGGAGGGUAUGUCUGUAUGGGAGUUCCUGGAGCAUCUGAGUGCAUUCCGGCUUUUGCAUGUAGAGAGUAAUGAGGCCUUCAGUCUCGCUGUGGAUGAUGUUUUCAUGGAGAUGUACCACAACAUCAUCAAAAAGGGUUACCUGUUAAAGAAAGGCCAUGUUCGCAGGAACUGGCAGGAGCGCUGGUUUGUUUUGAAACCCAGUAACCUGUCGUACUAUGUCAGUGAAGACUUGAAGGAAAAGAAAGGAGAGAUCUUGCUUGAGGAGAACAGUGUGGUGGAGAAUCUCCCUGACAGGGAAGGGCGGCGCUGCCUGUUCUGUGUGAAGACUCUCGUCGGGACCUGUGAGAUGAGUGCAUCAGACAUGAAGCAGAGAGUAGACUGGGUGCAGGCUAUGCAGACAAUUUUCAGACUAAAAGCAGAAGGGAAGAGCUCUCUGCAUCAAGAGCUGAAAUUGAGCAGACGCAAGCAGAGAGAGACCCUUCAAAGAAGCCAGAGCAACCAGAGCAGCCACAAUGAACCCAUUUCAGAUGAAAAGCCACCCUCUGUUCUGGAACAGCAGGGGGAGACAGAGAGCUUGGAGCAACAUAUCGAGAGUGUCAUUCAAAAACAGAAAGAGGUGGAGGAAAAACGUAAAGAGGAAGAGAAGCAAGAGCGAGAGAAACAGCAAGCAGUACGGAAAGAUCUGGAGAGACAGCUUGAAGAAGCUAAUUUGGCCAAGGAGCAAAUGGCAGCUACAUUGACUGAGAUGGAGAAGGAAGUACAGCACCAUAAGAAGAGAAUCCAUGAAUUAGAGCUCACGCAACAAAAACUGGAGGAAGCACUAAACAUUCAAAUUCAUGCCCGUUUAGAGGAAGACAGAGUUCACCAAGAGCUGGAGAGGCAACUUGCAGAGGAGCAGCAGAAAUUUGCUGAGCUUCUACUCCUUCAAAGUCAGCUGGAAACACCAGCUGUGAGGAGUCAGGACGAGGUGCCAGUCCUUGGCACUACUUCCACCGCAACAUCACCCAACAAUGAGCAACCAGAGGAGAGCAUUCAACACAAUACAGAGAGAGAGUUGGGGAAUCAGUCUACUGCCACUCUGAUGCUAAAACAAUGGAAAAUACAGCUUAACCACUUAAUGAAGCCUAUCAAACCAGGAGAUAAAAUUGAGCAUCUGCCUGUGAAGCCUAGUUGCCCGAGAAAGGGCCAGGCUCUUACCAGCACAGAGUUCAUUACCAAGGUUCAAACAGGCAUUGUGCAAGAAAAAGGAAAUGUUUACAACCCAUCACCACUUCAAGAAGAGGAAGAAUAGGGUUCCUAUAUCUGGCCAAAGCCAUUGCAGUGUACCUGUUUUGUACAUCCUCAUAUUUUAUAUUUACAUAGUGGUUGGCAAGAUAAAUUACUUUAUAGUAUAUAAUAAUAUAUAUAAUAUAAUAUAUAGUAAUAUGCAUAUUGUGAAGAGUAAAAAAUUAUUUAGGAGGCAUUUUGCAUAAAGCGUUUAACCUUUUAAAUGCACUAAAUAAUAGACUUCUUUCAUAAUUUUUGUGGUUUGUUUGGUUACGUGUGUAAUUCUUUGUGUGGUCAAUAGAGGGGGCAUUUGUUCUGGGCUGCAGUUUCACAUUUCUUGGGUCCAAAACCAACCGCACAUAUAUCAACUUUUUUUUAUCACUUUCCUGCCCCCUUUCCCUAUAGAUCACAGUAGCUGUUGGAAGUUGAAAACCCUGGCGAGCGCUAAAAGACAGCUUUUUGAGAGCAUCCUUCUGAGAAUUUGGUCAACAUAGUCUUUGUUUCUCUGAUAAAGCUCUGUUUAUCUUGCAUUGUCCAACUCAAACAUCUUCAGAAACUGGGAUGCCCCUUUAUAGUGCUAAACAGUGAAAAAUAAUCAUACAAUCUAUUUUUAGAACUGCAGAGACAAGUAAGAAAGCGCCAUUCAGUUUGUGGCUUUGGGGCUUGUAUUGAGAAUGAAUAAUGGUUCACUCUGUUAGUUUUGGUUGGUAAUCAACAGACUGACUUGUAAAUGAUCUUUUUGUGGCAGUGAUUUUCCAGAUACAGAUAUUUUCUCCUUCCUACCUGUGUGUCUGGAGAUUUUAAGUUUGUCAUGAGAAUCACAAUCAGAACGAGCUUUAUUUUGCAAAGUAUACACAUACAAGGAAUUUGUCUUGGUGACAGGAGCUUCCAGUGCACAACAAUACAAGACAGAGAUAAUAAAAACAAAUUGAAUAAAAAUAAAGAGCAAAUAGAAAAAACAA